GUUGGCAGCGCCAGCAAUUUGUGUUUAGUUUUAUAAAAAUAUCAAUUUCUCCGUUUAUUUCUUUUCUUCAAAGGUUUUUCUAAUUUUAAGGAAAAUGAGCACCGCUGUUGAGGGGGCUAGCAAAGAUGCUGGCAAGUUGCUCAAUUACUUUGCGCUGCAGACGUCGUUUGAGAAAACGCUGGAGCAGGCCAUUGCCGACAAAAACGUAGAGUUGUUGGUGCAAGCCUACAAAAGCUUUGCAUCCAACUCAGACAACGAUAAGCGUCUUCCUAUGGACCAUGCGUUCCGGGUGUUGCUGAUGAAGCGACUGGAGGACGAUGUGCAGAGUAUUGGCGACCUGGUGCGUCUUUCUGUGGAAGCCACGCGGGCGGAGAUUGUGUCAAACACCAAUCCUGUAGUGCUCCUGGUUGACACUUUUGAAUUGGUCACCCUGGACAAGUGCCAGGAGAUCUUUUGCAUUGUCGAGGAACUCGUCGAAGUUUGGAAAGAGGACAUAUUCUUUGCGUCGUGCAAGAACAACAUUCUGCGAAUGUGCAACGACCUGCUGCGCCGUUUGUCGCGUACUCAGAACACUGUGUUUUGCGGCCGCAUUCUGCUCUUCCUCUCCAAAUUCUUUCCAUUCUCCGAGCGUUCGGGCCUUAAUAUAGUGUCAGAGUUUAACCUUGAUAAUUACACUGAAUAUGGGUUAGACAGCAAGGACCACGAUGACAACGAUAAUAAGGAGCUGGAGGACACUGCCGAGGACAUUCCGCUGAAAAUAGACUACGACCUGUACUGCAAAUUCUGGUCGCUGCAGGAGUUUUUCCGCAAUCCCAACCAGUGCUACAGCAAGGCACAGUGGAAAAUGUUUCAAAUGCACACUGAGAAUAUCCUCCAAUCGUUCGCCAGCUUCAAGUUGGAGGAUUUGCGUCAAAGUACCAAUGACACUGCCAGUGAGUCUGGCCAGGCAAUGGAAAUUGACGACGAAGCUGUGGACUCUACGGCCGUUUCCACAGUCAACAAAGCCAACCACUUCUUUGCCAAGUUUCUAACAAACCCGAAAUUGUUAGCGCUUCAAUUGUCUGACUCAAAUUUCCGACGCGCAAUCCUUGUACAGUUUCUUAUACUUUUCCAAUACCUUCAAGUUACUGUGAAGUUCAAAAACGAUUCGUAUACCCUUACAACGGAUCAGACUGACUUUAUCAAAGACACUGAAACACGUGUCUACAAGUUGUUGGAAGAAACGCCUCCCUAUGGCAGAAGGUUUGCCCGUACGGUCAGUCAUAUGCUUCAGCGGGAGGAGAUGUGGAACAAUUGGAAGAACGAGGGCUGCAAGGAAUUCAAGAAGCCGGAGGAACCUUCCACCGGCGACGAGGACUUAAAGCCCCCACCUGCGAAGAGACCUAGACGCCCGUUGGGCGAUUCACUGCGAGAUGCAGCUCGUCAGGGCAAGUUCUUCUUGGGAAAUGAGAACCUGACUCGACUGUGGAACUACUCACCGGACAAUCUGCAGGCUUGCAAGAGUGAGCAGCGCAACUUUCUGCCCCUACUGGAAACAUACUUGGAGACACCGCACGACAAGACUGAUCCCGCAUUUGAGUGGCGAGCGCUGCGUUUGCUGGCCCGCCAGACACCCCAUUUCUUUACUUCAUUGUCACUGCCGUCCAACAAAAUAUCCGACUAUUUGGAACAAGUACGCAAGCGGCUCGUUCGUGAUAAGGAACCCAAGACUGUGACAACAGCAUCCAACUCGGACCAAAACAAUGGCCUAGCCACAAAUCCUCAUCCUGAGAGCGAGCAGGACGCGACCGUGGCACUUGAACCGGAGCAAGGUCUCGAGGUGGAGGACACUGAACCAGUAGAAGAGACGGAUGAGGCACCGUCCCAUGAGAAGCCUCUGAUGGUUACUCGCGAACACAUCGAAGAAGUGGCACCAUUGAUUGGCGAGCCUUGGAUGAAGGUCGGCAAGAAGAUUGGCUUCAAGAACGACGAGCUUCUUUACUUCCAGAUGGAACAUCCAACAGCAACAAUAGCCUGUGUUCAGAUGCUUACCAACUGGAUAUCGGAAGAUGAUGAUGCUACCUUGGACAACUGGGCGUACAUGCUGGAGGGACUGGAGAUGAACACAGCCGCCGAAGCGGUGAAGGCCAUUAUAGAGCGCGAAAAGAAGUCGUCUGGUUCAGCGACAGAGCCCAACCUUGUAGAUAGCUCGGAUGGCAACGACGUGGAAGUGCUCUCCGACUAGGAUCUCUAAUUCCCAGAACUCCCAUUAGUUAAUAAUAAGACAGCACUAGUUUCGUUCCAAUCAUCAAAUUUCUUUAUCACAAGUAAAAGUAUGGGUAUGAUCACUCUCUCACCCAGCCAGA